UUAUCACGUUCGGUAUACAUAGCAUUUAAAACCUUUGACAUGAGCUGUAUCACCUCGAAAUAUUCUUUUUGCAGCUCAUCUGGUCGUCUGUCAAACCCGGUUUCUUGCUUCUCCACUUCUGCAUUAUCGAGCAAAUUAGAAAAAAUAUCAUUCAUAGUCCUUAACGCGAAUCACUCACCUUCGCCAUCAAUGACCAUUGCGUUGUCAAUAUCUUUUUCCGAUAAAUUAGUUUCCAUUUCGCAAAUGCUUUUAGUGAUGCUUUUCCAGGCAGUUGUGAGCUGCUCUCUUGAGCGUAAAACCUCUUCAGCUAUAAAUUGUAGAAAAUUUUCUUUGGAUUUUGCUUCAUCCAAGAGUGCCUCGUCUGCAGCUUCAGUAAGGCUAAGAUCAUCUGAAAAGAAAACAAUUCCAUUUGUGAGGUUAUCAAGUGAUGCUGGUAAUUUACUCUUUGGUAAUCAAGAUUCUCUUAUACCUAUGCUAAAAUUCACAUCGCCUGCAAUGUCAGCAGAUUGCAUGAGAUCUUUAUAGCAUUGGAUGAGUAACUGAAAGAAAUUCAUCAACAUCAAUUCGAGUUCUAUCGAUCAGUUUGCUAUUUAAUGGAGUGUCAAUUACAUCGUUGAAAAACAAUUCUUCGGCUUGUAACCUUUCGUCUUGUGUCAAUUCAUGUUUCAGUGCAGCUGCUUCUAGUUCGUCUCUAUAAUCCUGUAGAAUAUGGAUGAUUUUGGCUGCUCUUAAGACUGGUUUCGUCAUAGAAACUGUAUAUUCACUGUUUUUAUUUUUUUUUUGAAGGCAAGUUCAAUUUUCUAUUUGUCUUGAUCGUUGGAGACGGAUUCUUAGUCACGUUUUUCAACAAUUUAUGAAUUUAAAGCAAACAAUAGCAGUGUAUGCACUCGCAUUAUCGUGGCCACUACACCUCAUCGAAUUUCUCCUUUCUUAUGCUAGAAAGCCUCCAUUGUGUUCUGAAAUUUUUCAUUUUCUUUUUUAAAAUGAAAUAAGGCAUUUACAUUAUCA